AUGAAAAGUAAAGAACUAGAAAACGAUAUUGAGAGAAACAUGUUGCCUACUAUUGUUGAAAUGUGCUCACUGAAGUAUUAUGCUCUGUUUUUUAAUAAUACAUUUUUUGAUCUGAGGAGCACAUGCAUUGUGUUCAUUCUAAUUCCGUGUGCGUUUAGAAACUACCGAGGUUGUGUGAAGAUGGGGGCUGGUGGCCGAACCUCUGUUCCUCCUGCCAACAGGAAACCAGAGGCCGAUCCUCUGAAGCGGGUGCCAUUUGAAAAACCUCCUUUUAGUCUCAGCCAGAUAAAGAAGGCCAUCCCACCACACUGUUUCCAGCGCUCUGUUCUCCGCUCAUUCUCCUAUGUCGUUUAUGACCUCACCAUAGCCUUCUGCCUCUAUUAUGUUGCCACCCGUUACUUCCACCUCCUUCCCCAUCCACUCUCUUUCCUUGCAUGGCCAAUCUACUGGGCUGUCCAAGGUUGUAUCCUCACUGGCCUUUGGGUCAUUGCCCACGAGUGUGGCCACCAUGCAUUCAGUGACUACCAGCUGCUUGAUGAUAUUGUUGGCCUUGUUCUCCAUUCUGGUCUCCUAGUCCCGUACUUUUCAUGGAAAUACAGCCAUCGCCGUCAUCACUCCAACACCGGUUCUCUUGAGCGGGAUGAAGUAUUUGUGCCAAAGCAAAAGUCUGCUAUGCAGUGGUUCUCUAAAUACCUUAACAAUCCACCAGGCAGAGUCCUCACACUUGCCGUCACCCUCACUCUUGGUUGGCCCAUGUACUUAGCUUUUAAUGUUUCAGGCAGGCCUUAUGAAAGGUUUGCUUGCCACUAUGAUCCUUAUGGUCCAAUUUACACAGAUCGUGAACGACUCCAAAUAUAUAUAUCAGAUGCAGGAGUACUUGCAGUAUGCUAUGGCCUUUUCCAUCUUGUCAUGGCGAAAGGGCUUGCCUGGGUGGUGUGUGUUUAUGGUGUUCCAUUGCUAGUGGUCAAUGGAUUUCUGGUGUUGAUUACAUUCUUGCAGCAUACUCACCCUGCAUUGCCGCACUACAAUUCCUCUGAGUGGGACUGGUUGAGAGGAGCUUUGGCAACAGUUGACAGAGAUUAUGGAAUUCUGAACAAGGUCUUCCAUAAUAUUACAGACACUCAUGUAGCACAUCACUUGUUCUCCACAAUGCCGCAUUAUCAUGCAAUGGAAGCUACAAAAGCAAUAAAGCCUACUUUGGGAGAGUAUUAUCGGUUUGACGAGACUCCAUUUGUCAAGGCAAUGUGGAGAGAGGCAAGAGAGUGUAUUUAUGUAGAGCCAGAUCACGGUACUGAGAACAAAGGUGUAUUUUGGUACAACAAUAAGUUGUGA